AGCAAACACUGUGGUCGUUCACGCUCAGCACAACAGUUACAGUUGCGUUUCUGCUGCUUGAAAAUUCUGCUAUCCUUUUUACGCUGAAACCAAAAAUUCAUGGGUGCGUCUGUGCUGCUUGUGCUGCAUGUGUAUUGAACGAGAGCGAAGGAGAGCUCUACCACUAAUCGCCCCCGCCGGUUUCGCACUCACUUUUCCGCCGUGGCUACAAAUUGUCGAACCGAAGUUGACUCAGACUCAAUCAGGACAUCGCGAUCGCAAACUGCUUCCGCUACAACAAAGCCAUGUUGUCAGCUGCGAUGCACGAGAACAUCCCACACCGCAAAUGCAGUGCUUGUUGGAGGUUCUUUCCGAGAAGUCGCACGUGCUCACUUUUACUGUUACUUCUCAACUUCUACACUGCCCUUCACUUUCAACGGUGCCAGGCCACGCACAUCAACGAAACUGUGGUGACCUCUGCGCUGCCGCGCCGGCCCCUGCGCGUCGCCAUGAUCCCGUUCACCUGGAUGCCCUGGGCCAAGUACGACGCCGAAAAAGGCGUUUACACGGAGGGUUUUCUACCGGACUUUUGGCGGGCACUGUCCUCCCUGCCCUGCGACAUCCGGCCGAAGGGGGUCCCCUGCUUCGACAUUCAAUUCGUCACCAUUCCCAACACCCCCGAGUAUUUCGCCGACCCCAGUGCGUUCACGCGGCAGAUGGUGCUCAGCAACCAGGUGGACGUCGGGUUUGACUCGAAUGACCACUUUUACGCAGACCAGCUGGCGUACACGCAACCCAUGGUGCUCAACUGGACUGUGGGGAUUCUGAAGAAAAAGAAAGUUUCCGUCGGGCUCUGGCAGAUUUUCGCGCCCUUCACCACGGAGCUCUGGGUCGCGCUCCUCUUGUCCAUUUUGUUCGGAGCUUUCGUACUGCAACUCCUCUCUUUGAUCUCCUCGAGUACGCAAGUGUCGGUGAAAAAUUUCGCCGAGUCUCUGUAUCACACGACGGCGGCACUGCUGGGUGGUGACGAGUACGAUUUAUACCAUGUGAGUCCUCUGGGUCGGCUGUACCGUACGGGUUUGCUGUUUCUGAUCCUCAUCACGUCCGCCACCUACACCGCGAAUCUGGCCGCGUUUCUGACGAAACCCGCGAUAAGCGUCCAGGGCCCGAAAACUUUGACCGAUCUGAAGGACGCGACGGCCUGCGCCCGGCACCGCGCAAUCACGAAGCUCGGAGAUUUCGUCGGCGACUUGAAAUUUCCCCCCGUUGGCAUGGCCGUCACGGACACCGUUAAGUGGGCGCAAGACAUGCUGGAGUCCGGGCAGUGCGAUGUGAUUGUCGAAAAUGAUGCGAACGCGCGCACGGAAAUGCUGGAGAACUGCGAAAGGUUCCAUGUCGAGGAGAAUCUGCAAUUUUUGCCGUCCUACACCUACAACAUCGUGCGAAAGGAGGACACGCAGCUGGCCACCUGGAUCUCCGAAGCGACGAUAGUGUUGAUGGGAGUAUUUCUAUUUAUGCUUAGCUUCUUUUGAAUUUUCGGAGGAUACACAUAGAAGUGUAGGGUGAUGGAGCACUCUUGAGUGUAAGUAGUGUCGUGUGAAGAUUGAUAUCAUGAAUUUGUUUUGUAUUGUUCAGCAUCGAUCUGGGAAAAAUCGCAUAUUAAUGUCUUCAAAACUAUCCCAAACAACACUCUCCUUGCAGCACCCGCUGUAUGCGCAGAUUCUGCAGUCGAACAUGAAACUUGGCCGCACUUGCGACGACCAGAUGGAAGUUGACGACACAACACCGAUCAACGUAGAGCAGAUGGGCGGCAUGUUCGUGAUUUUCGGCGCCACCGGUGUGGUCGCGGUUUUGGUGACCAUAGCAGACCGGUGCCAUCGGAGAAAACCUCGCAAGCCCGAAGAUUUCGAAGAAGACGUGCGUACCAGCUUGGAAAAGUUGGAGGAAAGCAUGGCGGCAUUGCAGGAAAGAGUUGCGAAAAUUGGUUCGGCCGGAGCUGCUGUGAGGACACUACCAUCUGCUGACGGUGACGCUAGUGCGGCCAUUGCGAUGCAGGACCAGGAUCAAGAUGAGGAUAACUACGGGCGAUCUAGCUCGAAGAACGUCGUUUAUCCCCCCGGAGGCCCCCUCGCUGUCGGGCAAUUACAGCCUUCACGAAGUCCUACAACAACGACCGGUGCAGGUUCCGCAUCGGCUUCGCAGGUUGCGCCGCCGCCAUUUGGGGCGAUGGCACUCGCACCUCCGCGAGGCUAUGUUGGGGUAGAUGACGGCGAGGUCUUAGACCCCGAUCAGCAUUUGGACGUCGAGGUGCUUCCGACUUCUGCAAUGCCGAGGGAAACUCCAAAACGCGUUCGCGCAGAAAAAGAGUGGCUGAAUUGGUGAGCAGUGCUGAUGCUAUUCUGCAGGUUGCUCGACAACACAACAUUACCCGGCUCAUUUUUUACUUGCAAGGUUUUUGCGUACAAUUUGUUUCCGUUUCUCUAGGUUGUCUAGUUUCGCACCGAAUACUUUGCUCAAUGGGAAGUACUUACAUAGCAGCGCGUUGUCAGUGCAGCGAUAACGAUAGGAAAAAGUUACAUCGACGGGCAACAAGAACAACCAACCUGAU